AUUUGUCCAAUUUGCAAAAAAAACAAGUAAUUUUUUUUUGUCCCAAAAUCAAAAAAUGAUUCAGCCAUUGAUUAUUUGUAUGAUGAUGUUUGCUUAUUCGAUCAACAUCGACAAUAUUGAAUGUUUACAAUUCGAACAGGUUCCAAAAAAAUGUGAUAAAAAAGCUUUAAAUAAUUGUUUGGAAAUAAUGUUGAAAAAAUAUCCAAGUCUACCAUCCAGACAAUCGUCAAAACCAUCAAUAGAAUUUUGUUGUUUUUAUUUAGGAAAUUUCUAUUGUAGACUUGAAAUAGCAAAAAAAUGUAAUCGAAAAUGGGCUAAAGAAUUGGAACAAAAUAAUUAUAUAAAACAUAUGUGUAAAGUUUAUUCACAAAAAGAACUGAAUGAAAAAUGUUUAUUUGGUCGUCAAGAAAAUCAUAAACUUCGUGAUAGAUCGUUUGAAUUAAUACGUCCGGGUUUAAGUAAAAAAAUAAACAAUACAGAAAAUAUGGAAGAAUAUGUUGAUGUUGAUAUUCCAAACUUAGAAAUAGAAGGUUUUUCCAAAACAACACUAAUAGCAAUGUCAAGUGCAUUAACAUUUACAUCGGCUAUUACGGCAAUAAUGUCAGCUAUAUUUUUAGAAACAGGACCAACAAAAACAUAUCUUUUAGUUGGUAGUACAAUGAGUACGGCUAUUGGUGGUACAUGGUUGACUAAAGAAGUUUUACGUUUAGAAAAUUAAUUUUUUUAAAAAAACAAACGGAUAUUACUCAAACAAACAAACAUAACCCCCUCAACCAACCCUUUCUUUUUUUCUUUCUGUGAAUGAAUCGAUUAAAAAACAACAACAA